AUGAGUCUUAAUCCUCCCCCUGGUUUCAUCAAGGGCGUUAAGGGAGCACUGGCAAUGAACUCGCCAAGAACUGCUGGACAUUUUCCGUCCAACCAUAGGUUAACUACCCCUGCCAUAGACUGUAAUAAGUCAUCAGCAACCGCAGCUGCUGGACCACUAAGCGCAUACAGAAAGUGUUGUGCGCGAAGUCCAUCUCGUCCACAUGAGGUUGUUUUUAUUGUAGAAGUUAGCGAAACGAAAACAUUUUUCGGAGCUACAACUAAUAUAAGUGUACAUGGGCUCGAACUAAAUAACAACGAGUUCAGCUCUGCACAAAUUUGGAUACAAAAUGGUCCAGAUGAAGAAAUGAGUAUCAUUGGGUUUGGUUGGAUGGAUGACAGUCACAAACAAACAGGUUGCUUUAAUGUAAUUUGUUCUGGGUUUGUUCAAGUUCACCGUGGCGUCUCUCUUGGUGCAGCUUUAGAACCGGUAUCAGUUUAUGGAAAAGAUGCAUGGUAUACACCUUUCAAAGUAUACCAGGAUCCAAAAACUGGCAACUGGUGGUUGAUUGUUGACGAAAUUGUUGGAUAUUGGCCAAAGGAAAUCUUUACACAUUUAGCAAACAAUGCCUCAAUGGAUUAUCUGAAAACAACCUAUAUGGAAAAAAUGAAAUAUGUCAACGAAGAAGGACAAGAUGUUAACUUAAACUCAUAUGGAGUACAAAUGAAGCAGGAUGCAGCAGUAGAUUGUUACAAGAUUUUGUUCGCUGGUAAUAAAGGAGGGAACUGGGAGGUAACAGUGGCAUUUGGGGGACCUGGUGGUAUGUGUCCGUAG